AUGAGGGCAACCUUAAUGUGGACAGUCAAUGAUUUUCCCGCUUAUAGCAUGUUAUCUAGAUGGAGUACUCAAGGUAAGUUAGCAUGUCCGGUGUGUAUGGAUGGCAAUAAGGCUUUUACCUUGAAGAACGGUGGCAAAAACUCAUGGUUUGAUUCUCAUCAUCGUUUCUUACCGCAUAACCAAGCCUUUCGAAAAAGUAAAAAUGGGUUCACUAAAGAUAAGGUUGUGAAGGAUGACCCGCCUCCUAUAUUGACAGGGGAAGAAAUAUUUUGUUGGGUUCACAAUUUUCCACGGGUGGUAAAUGGUCCAGUUUCUAAGUUGCCUGGAUAUGGAGAUCGUCAUAAUUGGAUAAAACGAAGUAUAUUUUGGGAUCUUCCAUAUUGGAAAGAUAAUUUAUUAAGGCACAAUUUAGAUGUGAUGCACAUUGAGAAAAAAUUAUUUGAUAAUGUGUUUAACACUGUCAUGAAAGUUAAGAAAAAGACAAAGGACAAUGAUAAAGCUAGAAGGGACUUAGCCAUCAUUUGUCAGCAUAGUGACUUGGAGUUGAUUGAACAUGACAAUGGAAAGACCACAAAACCUAAGGCAAAUUAUUGUUUUUCUUCGAAUGAGGCAAAAAAAGUAUGUGAAUGGAUUAAGGAGCUUAAGAUGCUUGGGAUGAAAAACCAUGAUUGUCACGUGUUUAUGGAGUGUUUACUACCAUUUGCAUUUAGUUCAUUGCCUGACUUUGUGUGGAAACCACUAACAGAAUUAAGUCAAUUCUUUAAAGGUUUGUGCAGCAAUACCUUAAGGGAGGAUGAAUUGAUUAAAUUGGGUGAAAACAUUCCAUUCAUCAUAUGCAAACUUGAAAGAAUCUUCCCACCAGUAUUCUUUAAUUCAAUGGAGCAUCUCCCAGUUCACCUCCCAUAUGAGGCAAAGCUUGGUGGUCCAAUUCAAUAUCGAUGGAUGUAUCCAUUUGAAAGAAUGAUGGGUGAUUAUAAGCACACGGUGAAAAACAAGGCUAGAGUGGAAAAUAUAAGUCAACGUAAUGAAGCUGCUAGAUUGAACGAUGUUGUCACGACAACACUCUCAAUUAGCAAUCAACUAGGACGUCCUAGUGGGAAGCCUCAAACACAUUGGUUAAGCGAUGUUGAAAAGAGAUAUGCUCAUGUGCAUAUCCUCAUCAAUUGCAACGAGGUCAAACCAUAUAUUGAUGCUUUUUUGCAUUAUAACUCCAUUAAUGAAGAAGAUCCCGCAUCCCAAGCUCGUAUACAUGGAGAAUCCCCAGAAUGGUUUCGGGCAUAUGCUACCAAUGAGGCGAAUGGCGUGACCGAUCCCAACUUGAUAUCAUUAGCUUGGGGUCCGGAGUCAAAGGGGUUUACCAGAGGAGGAGAAGAUGAUUUUUACGGAGUCAUCCAACAUAUCUUCGAGCUACAAUAUCACAAAUUCCCUCACAAGAUAGCAUUGUUUUAUUGUCGAUGGUUUGAUCCUAGACAAAAUAGAGGAACAAAAGUUCAUCCACAUUAUGAUAUUGUAGAUAUCAAGAUGAAUAGGAAAUAUGAUCUAUAUGAUCCAUUCAUAAUUGCACAGAAGGCUAGACAAGUGUAUUAUGUACCUUAUCCGGAAAUGCGAAGAGACAAAUGUGGUUGGUGUGCAGUGAUACAAACAAAGCCUAGGGGUCGUGUAGAGGUGGACGACGUUGAUGAGAACAUACCCUAUCAAAAUGAAGAUAUGACACAUGUUGAACAAUUAAAUGAAAUUGAAGAAAUGGAUGGUUUGCAUGAUGAAACAAAUACUGAUGAAGAAGCAGAUUUAAUGUCAACUUAA